CAGCUAAUUAAGCCGACCAGCUCCCCUAUGCCAUGGGCGCCUGGAGUGCAAUGGCUGCAGACAGCAUUCUCCUAGGUAGUGUAUCAACCUGUUCCUUGUACGGGUUGCUCUAAGGGACCUCGGAGACAGUCCUUCAAAGUGGCCAAGCCUGCUUCCGACCUCAUGCUGUUCCUCAUCUAGGCUGCAGACAGGUAUGCGGGGUGCUCUUGGAAAGCCCCAGGGCACAGUCACCAGGGUUCACAUUGGCCAAGUCAUCAUGUCCAUCCUCACCAAGCUGCAGAACAAAGAACAUGUGGUUGAGGCCCAACGCAGGGCCAAGUUCAAGUUUCCUGGUUGUCAAAAGAUGCACAUCUCCAAGAAGUGGGGCUUUACUCAGUUCAAUGCGGAUGAAUUUGAAGACAUGGUGGCCAAGAAGCAGCUCAUCCCUGAUGGCUAUGGGGUCAAAUACAUCCCCUACCAUGGUCCCCUGGACAAGUGGCGAGCUCUCCACUCGUGAGGCCUCUGCUCUUCUGUGUUCCUAAAUCUGACAAAAAUAAAUCUUGAUUGUUUAAAAAAA